AUGUUACGUAUAUUGGGAAAUUCUUCUAGUCGACAAACUACACGUAUUCUUAGUUGUGUCCGAUCUAUAUCAACUAACCCAACAGCUGGUUCAAUCAAUGAAGCUCAUGAUAAGUUCGCAGAACGUGAACAAGCUUUGGAAAACGUUUAUUUUCGCAAAUAUAACGACGAACUUUUAACUAAAUUACGUCAACACCAUCAAUUCUUAGAAAACCAAUCUGAUGAAUUUGAGCGUGAACAAAAACGUAUUGCAGAAGAAAUCAAGCGAUUGGAGAAGCGACGUGAAGAAUUGAUCAAAAUAUCUCUGAAAAAAUGA